CAUAAGGUAGAAGAGUCAAUGGUCAUGCUGAGCUUGUCGUGUGGGCAAUGUCAGAAGCCGAAACAACAACGUAAUUGCCACUAAUGCACCUCCUCUUCUGCUGUCAUUACCAAUUUCAACACAACGACACACCUCGUUCUCAAUGUCUUUAAUUCUCAUUUUCUGAGAAUAAUGAUCAGCUAGUGCUUUAAACAUGUUAAGUUGUGCUCCAAGCCACACCAUUUAAGUUAUCAUGUACAGUAUAUAACAUCUUUAAAUCCAACACAAGUUAGGCAAAAGAAUACAGAGUUGGUUAACAUUAUUAGCGGAUUCAACCCGCCAUAUUCUUGAUUUUUGUGUUCCUCUCGAAUAGGCUUCACAGACUUUGUACUCUACCACCCAAUGGAAAACAGAUUCAGAUUACCACUUUUCUUCUUGUUAUUGGCCACUACAUCGUUUAGUGCAGAAUCCAAGUGUAGAAGGGUUUGUGACUUAGCUCUAGCUUCCUACUACCUACCAGAAGGUAACUUGACAUACAUAACAGACCUUAUGAAAUCUCAGCUUCUCUCAGAAGCUGAAGAUAUUGUGAGCUACAACAAAGACAUAGAAAGCAAAGACCAAGUCCCAGCCUCUACCAGAGUGAACGUACCAUUCCCUUGUGAUUGCAUAAAUGGGGAGUUUCUUGGCCAUAUAUUUCAAUACAACCUUGCAGUAGGAGACACGUACACGUCCAUUGCCAAUCAGAACUACUCCAAUUUGACUACUGAUAAGUGGUUGCAGAGUUUCAACAGCUAUUCGCCCACUAAUAUUCCUGACAGUGGGACUCUUAAUGUCACCAUUAACUGUUCCUGUGGGAACAGUGACGUUUCCAAGGAUUAUGGAUUGUUCAUCACAUACCCGCUAAGACCUGAGGAUUCUUUGCAGUCAAUUGCCAACAAGACUGGGAUUAAGAGCGAGUUGUUGCUUGAGUACAACCCAGGUGUCAAUUUUAGCCAAGGGAGUGGUCUGGUUUAUAUUCCAGGGAAAGACCAAAAUGAUAGCUAUCCGCCCCUUCAUCUAAGCACUGGAGGUCUUGCAGGUGGGGUAAUUGCUGGAAUAUCUGUUGGAGUAGUAACAGGACUUCUUCUGCUAUUGGCAUUUUGCGUGUAUGUUAUAUAUUACCGAAGAAAAAUGUUAUGGAGGAAGAAAUUGCUCUCAGAAGAAUCCAGGAUGAAGUCAACUAGAGUUAAGGAUGAUGAAGCCACGGGUGAUCCUUCUGCAGAAGGUGGUAAUAACACCACUGGCAUUAGGGUGGAUAAAUCAGCAGAGUUUACAUAUGAGGAACUAGUCAAUGCCACAAAUAACUUCAGUUUGGCUAAUAAAAUUGGUCAAGGUGGUUUUGGGGAAGUCUAUUAUGCAGAGCUGAAAGGCGAGCAAGCUGCAAUAAAAAAGAUGGACAUGCAAGCAUCAGGACAAUUUCUUGCUGAACUGAAAGUGUUGACACGUGUUCAUCAUUUGAACCUGGUGCGCUUGAUUGGAUAUUGUGUUAAGGAUUCCCUUUUCCUUGUCUAUGAAUUCAUUGAGAAUGGAAACUUAGGACAACAUCUACGUAAAUCAGGUUUUGAUCCUUUGCCAUGGUCUACCCGAGUUCAAAUUGCUCUGGAUUCAGCCAGAGGUCUUCAAUACAUUCAUGAGCAUACGGUGCCUGUAUAUAUCCAUCGUGACAUAAAGUCAGAAAAUAUUUUAAUUGACAAAAACUUCUGUGCAAAGGUUGCAGACUUUGGAUUAACCAAGUUGAUUGAUGUAGGAAGUUCAUCACUUCCCACUGAUAAUAUGAAAGGCACAUUUGGCUACAUGCCACCAGAAUAUGCAUAUGGAAAUGUUUCUCCCAAAAUAGAUGUCUAUGCUUUUGGAGUUGUUCUUUAUGAACUAAUUUCUGCUAAAGAAGCAGUGAUCAAGGGUCCUGAAUUAAAGGGCCUUGUAUCUUUGUUUGAUGAAGUUUUUGAACAAGAAGAUCCCACAGAAGGACUUAAAAAACUGGUGGAUCCUAGGCUCGGAGAUAACUACCCAAUUGACUCAGUUUGCAAGAUGGCACAUCUUGCGAGAGCAUGCACAGAGAGUGAUCCACAACAACGUCCAAGUAUGAGUUCUGUUGUGGUUAAUCUUACAGCACUUAUUUCAACUACUGAGGAUUGGGAUAUUGCUUCCAUCAUUGAAAAUUCAACUCUUGUAAAUCUAAUGUCUGGGAAAUAGACGAAGGAAUGUAGAAUACAAAUGUCACCAUUUGAUUCUUUUGUUGCAAAACAAAUUUGUAAUAAUUCCACCGCAUUUCCCAUCAAACUCUUGUUUGCAACUAAGUGACUUUUUUUAUCAGUGAACAAACUCUUUUCUCACUGAUUUUUUCUUGCUUUGGGAAAAAUUGCAUGGUAAAUCAUGUUUUUUGCCUUGUAACAACUUUCUUUGUUGCACUUUCAAACAAACUAGAGGAUUAGUGUUUUUUCUAA